AUGGAUACGGAUGACACAUUAGUUUCAUAUUCAGUGAAGAAACGAAUUGAAGAAGAUGAAUUUGUUGAUAUUGUUGGUGGCAAUGGAGGGGGUGGUGGUCAUGUCGGUGGCGGUGGCACCGGUGAGGAUGUUGACUCAACAGCUGCACAAAAGUUAACCAGUGAGAAUUAUAUCCACUCAUCAACUACAGCUAUUGGUUCAAUGUCGCCUGAAGUGAAUUCAUCGUUGAAAAUGUCACGUUUUGAGUCGAAAUCACGUGUUAUAUCGUCUAUGAGUAAUCGUAAUGCAGCAGGCGGCACAGAUGGACAAACAAUCAGUGCACCUGGUGGUUUCUCGGCAUGGUGUGGACGAGUAGGACCGAUGAAUAUGUUUAAUCAAUCAUCAUUUGGUGGUCAUCAUGGAAUGAAUAAAACCGGUGGAAAUAGUUGUGCAUCCAGUGGAGGUGUAUUCCGUGGUUCUUUAGUAACCUCACCUACAGAGCUGACAAAUUCACUUGGCGGUGCACUUGGAUUUAAAACAUUCAACUCAGAACUACCAACGAAUAUGAUUACAGAUAAAUUGUUUGGUCCGACUACAGCGAUGACUGCUACUGCUACUACUACGACUACUAUUGAGCCUAAAGGAAGUCGUACUCCAGGUACUGGAGGUGGUGGUGGCAGUGGAAGUACUACUGGGGAUGGAUCUGCUCCAUGCACUCCACUAGCGCAUUUAUCACUUUCUCCGGCAAGUUUAGAUAUGAUGCCAACACGUGUUAUUGACUAUUUGGAUGUACAUUUAUGUCGUGAAGCUGGUGAAAUGCUCCCGUUGGCGGUGAAUGAUCGUCUGCGUCAUGGUAGACAUUUUACAUUUUUAAAUGCUAAUUAUCCCGAUCAUGCAAUCACAUUAGUUCCAACUGGUGUGUCUGGUGCAUUUGUCAGUGAAGAGACACCAUAUGUUGCUCGUGGACCAUGGUUACAGAUUCUACUAACAGAUGACUUUUUGGAACAACUGGAAUUUCAAUUCUCAUGUUUAUUAUAUCCAGAUGAAUUACGUCUCCCGUUGGUAUUCCGUUGGCCUGAAAGACACCUACGUAUCUGCUUGAUUGAUGUGAAUUCACCAACCUCUUCGUCUGUAAUACCAAGUGGUGGUUGUGGAGGAAGUAAUAUCCCAACGAAUCCUCUUCCAUCCUCAUCAGCGAUGUCAUCCACUUUGAUGAACUCGAAUACGCCUACAACACCUCCAACUACUACUACUGUCAGUGCUUCGGUUACACCAUCUCAUCCUCAAAACCACCCGCAUAAUAUUCACUCUAUUGUAUCGAAGGCAUCAAAUUCCCCGUGUAAUUGGAAUAUAUCAUCAAUGUUUGAGAAUAAAUUGUUAUCGACUAGUGGGACACCUUCUUCAGUUAUGCCACAGCAACAACAGCAGCAACAGAAUGCAUUUACAAAAACUGAUUUAUUAUUCCCUUCACCAUCAGCAUCGUCGUCAUUAUUUUCAUCAUCUGCAUCGUUGUUUCCACCGGGAUGUAUCCCACCGCCGAAUGUUUUAGCCUCUUUAUUCAGUUCCUCAGCCGCUAGUAAUAUGAAUAGUAAUAGUAAUAAUAAUAGUAAUUCUGGAAGCAUUCAUAGAAGUACCAAUACUACUACUUCUACUGCCAGCAAUAUUCCGAGUACUAAUCCUGGAAGUAACAAUAAUAAUCGCAGUGAGUCAUCUCAAACAGAAUUACUCAGAAAUCCUUUUCUCCAAUCGAUAUCUUCUUUACAACAAACCCCGUUGGCGUCAACUAUGCCAGUUCCAUCGCCAGUACAUCCUCAACAGCCACAGUCAUCAUCAUUGCCAUCUUCAACAGACUCUGGUGUAAUGAUGAAAAUGGAUCCAACCGCCUUUAUGAAUAAUUGGUCAACAUUUUUACAAACACUCAUGAAUAAUAGUAGUAGUAGUAAUGCGGAUGUCUUUAGACAGGCGAUGUUCACUGGUCAUCCUAGUAAUCCUAGUGCUUAUUUUAUGGAAAUAAUGCAAAGUAUCCUGAACAACAGUAGUAGUAGUAGUGGUAGUGGUAGUGCUAAUAAUAAUAGCGGUACUAAUCCCAGUGUUAUGCUGCAUCAUCCACUGACUGCUAUUACGUCAUCCGGUGGUGGUGGUGGUGGUGGGGCAGGAUUACCGUCUGCCACCGCCUCAUCGUCAUUAUCAGUAACUAGGCAUUUUUAAACAAAGAACCUAUUGAAUAUGAAUCAAAGUUGAGCACAGCGAUAGUGUUUACUCAUUCAUUCAUUCAUUGGCAGGGAAUUACUAUUAAUGACAAUGAUAAGUGGGGAUCCGGGCAGACAAAAGACGACCCUGAAUGUUAAGUAAUCUCUUUUUAUUUCGUCAUGUUUUCAAGUUGUGCACUUACUAUCCUUGAAUUUAUAUCUAAUAUUAUAGUUUAUUUAAUGAGCACAUAUUUAUUUAUAUGUAAUUUCAUUGAUUUCUUUCAUUGUCAUUAUUAUCAUCAUAGUAGGUAGAUAGGU